AUGAGCAUUUUCAAAAGUUUAGCGAUUAUCUUCGUUCUCGUAGUAUCCUUCAUUCCUCGUUCUGAAUCCGCAAUAUCUUGCAGUGUUGUUAUACAAGAUUUGCAACCAUGUGUAAGCUACUUGACCAGCGGAAGUGGACAACCUCCAGACACUUGUUGUGACGGAGUUAGGAGUUUAGCGGCGGCGACCACCACAUCCGCCGAUAAAAAGGCCGCUUGUCAAUGCAUUAAGUCAGUGUCUAAUAGUGUCACUGUGAAACCUGAAAAUGCUCAAGCCCUCGCUAGCAGUUGUGGUGCGAGCUUGCCCGUUGAUGCAUCUUCUACUGUGGACUGCACUACGGUUGGUUGA